UUUCUCUCUCCUGAAAGAAAAUCUACUAGAUGGCAUUAGCAAUCUUGCAGCCAAGGCAAAGGGAGCUUCAUGUUCAACUCUCAAAUCACAGAACACGGUUUCUUUUCUCUCAGCUCAUCCAAUCAAAUCAGAAUCAGAAUAUUAUUAAAUAAUAAUCAAUCCCCAUGAGCCCAUCUCCAUAGCUCACAGCUAUCAUACCUUCAUCGCUCUUCCUCCUCCUAUAAGUAUACAAUUCAAUCCUCUCAGCUGGAUCCAUGCCCAAAUGGGAAGAUAGUGCCCUCUCUCUCUAGCUCUCUGCUAAGAUCUGCUGCUCCCCCCAUUUCUCCUCCACCCGACACCCUCAGGCACUGGACACGAAGGAUCUUUUUGCAUAAUAUAAAAACAUGGCUUUAGGGAAAUAUAGUAGGGUAGAUAACAGGAGGCCUUCUUCGAGUUACUGCUCGACUGUAACAAUAGUCGUUUUCGUGGCUCUCUGCUUGGUUGGGGUAUGGAUGAUGACAUCAUCAUCCGUGGUCCCCGUUCAGAAUGUCGAUGUGCCCCAAGAGAAGAAGGAUGAGGUGAAGGAACAGAUGCCCGAGAAGGUAAAUGAAGAAGUUGCCAAAAAUGAGGUAACGGAACAAGCAUCAGACAACAAGGAGACCGAGAAGGUCAAUGAAGAAGCUGCCAAAAAUGAGGUGACUGAGCAAGCAUCAGACAAGGAGACUGGCAAUACGGGACAGUUUGAGGAUAACCCUGGAGAUUUGCCCGAGGAUGCGACUAAAGGGGACACUAGUGAUCAGCUCUUUCAAGAGAACCAAGAACAGAAGCAGGACAAGAACUCCGAGUUGAAAACCCAGCAGAAGGAAAGCUCAGAUGAGACGACCAAGUUAGAUGAUGGGGAGAACAAAACGGAAGGUGGGGAAUCAAAGAGUGAAGGUGGUGAGAAUGAUUUGACUGGGCGGGGAGAUUCUGGAGAAGGUUCCGAGGAGAAGAAAUCCGACUCGGAUGACAACGAGAAGAAAUCCGACUCGGAUGACAACGAGAAGAAAUCCAACUCGGAUGACAGCGAGAAGAAGUCUGAUUCGGACGAGUACGAGAGGAAAUCCUAUGUGGAGGAGAAUGAGAAGAACACGGAACAAAAUGAAAGUAAGAUCGAAGAGAAAGUGGAUCAGGGUGAUAGUAACGAGUCAAGCGGAGAUUCGGGUGAGAAGAAGGAUGAGACCCUAUCAAAGGAUCAAAAUCAAACUGAAGUGUUCCCUUCUGGGGCCCAGUCGGAGCUCUUGAAAGAGAUAACUACUGAAAAUGGGGCAUUCUCAACUCAGGCAGCCGAAUCAAAGAAUGAGAAGGCAUCCCAGGAAUCAUUAAAGCAAGAGACUGGCUUCAGCUGGAAGCUCUGCAACGUUACUGCUGGGCCUGAUUACAUCCCGUGCCUCGACAAUAUGCAGGCGAUCAGGAGCCUUAGAUCCACCAAGCAUUACGAACACCGAGAGAGGCACUGUCCUGAGAAUCCACCUACCUGCCUAGUUUCUCUUCCUGAAGGAUACAGACGCCCGAUCGAGUGGCCUAAGAGCAGGGAGAAGAUUUGGUACUACAAUGUUCCCCACACUAAGCUUGCACAAGUUAAGGGACAUCAGAACUGGGUGAAAGUUACAGGUGAAUACCUCACUUUUCCUGGCGGAGGAACCCAAUUCAAACAUGGCGCUCUCCACUACAUCGACUUUAUUCAGGAGUCUGUUCCUGAUAUUGCCUGGGGAAAACGUACCCGAGUUAUUCUGGAUGUUGGGUGUGGUGUUGCGAGUUUUGGGGGCUUUCUCUUUGAUCGGAAUGUACUUGCAAUGUCAUUUGCUCCUAAAGACGAGCAUGAAGCUCAGGUCCAAUUUGCGCUUGAGAGAGGAAUCCCUGCAAUCUCUGCUGUGAUGGGAACAACAAGACUUCCUUUCCCCGGUAGAGUCUUCGAUAUUGUUCACUGUGCUCGCUGCAGAGUACCAUGGCACAUAGAAGGUGGUAAAUUACUGAUGGAGUUGAACCGAAUGCUGAGACCAGGUGGUUUCUUUGUGUGGUCUGCUACUCCUGUUUAUCAGAAAAUUCCCGAAGAUGUAGGGAUUUGGAAUGCCAUGUCUGAACUUACAAAAGCCAUGUGCUGGGAGCUCAUAUCUAUCAACAAGGAUGCAGUGAAUGGUGUCGGCGUAGCAACAUACAAGAAGCCUACUACAAAUGAGUGCUAUGAGAAACGAUCAAAGCCGGAACCUCCUCUCUGCGCCGAUACUGAUGAUCCCAAUGCUGCCUGGAACGUCUCGUUGCAAGCCUGCAUGCACAAAGUGCCCACAGAGAGUGACGUCCGUGGGUCCCAGUGGCCUGAGGAGUGGCCUGCAAGGUUGGAUAAGUCGCCUUAUUGGCUACUUAGUUCGCAGGUAGGAGUUUAUGGUAAACCGGCUCCUGAGGAUUUCGCUGCAGACUACGAGCAUUGGAAGAGGGUUGUAAGCAAGUCUUAUCUAAAUGGUAUCGGGAUUGACUGGUCAACUGUGAGAAAUGUCAUGGACAUGAGAUCUGUUUACGGAGGAUUUGCUGCUGCCCUGAAAGAUCUGAGCAUAUGGGUCAUGAAUGUGGUCUCUAUUGAUGCACCCGAUACUUUACCAAUCAUCUAUGAGCGGGGUUUGUUUGGAAUUUACCAUGACUGGUGCGAAUCUUUCAGCACCUACCCAAGAACUUAUGAUCUUCUCCACGCGGAUCAUCUCUUCUCGAAGGUCAAACAGAGGUGCAAGCUAGAGGCUAUAGUGGCAGAAGUUGAUCGGAUACUGAGGCCGGAGGGGAAACUGAUUGUUCGGGAUGAUGUGGAAACAAUCAACCAGUUGGAGAGCAUGUUGAGGGCAAUGCAGUGGGAAGUUCGCUUGACUUACUCCAAGGACAAGGAAGGGCUGCUCUGCCUCCAAAAAUCCAUGUGGCGACCCACCGAGGCGGAAGCAUUGACAUACGCCAUUGCCUGAUCGGAAAUCGUUAAGCCAGUUUUCAAAAUUUCCUGAGGCCAUCGGCACAAGUAUUCAAAGAUGAAGAGUCAUUCUUUUUGCGUCUUAGUUACUUUGCCCUACCAUAAUUUGUGGCAAAUGUAUCGCUGUAUUGAUUAGCCUGUGUAGCAUAGCUCGGACCUCAUAUAGUUCUGUCCCACAUGAUUUAUUUGAUUCGAUUCAAGAGGUCGGCUCGAUUCGGAAGUAUUUGUUGUAAUAUUAGCUUACUGAUUCAUCAAAGGAAAGAUAGAACACUUUGUUGCAAGUGUAAAGCGCAUUGUUUUGGCAUUGUUGUAAUAGAAUUGUCUUAAUGAUGAUUCUUUUAUGAUUAGUAUGUCGCUUGAUUGUGAUAGGAUUGUAAUAUAGAGACAUAAGCCCUUGUUUGGAACCAAGAGGUUUUAAGUUUAAAUCUCAAGAGGAAUUGAGUGCGUC